UAGUUGCAUCUGGAAGUUGCCAUAGAGUAGUUCUGAGGUUAGGCUUUGUUCUUAGUUCCUAGGCCCGAAUCUCAUAUUUCUGGCUGCAGUUCAAGUCUAAAAGCUUGGAAACAGGGUUACAUUCAGGCUGCAGCACCCUCCGCUUGCUCUAAGACACAGCUUCGUCUUUUCACCUUCACCUUCUUUUCCUAAUGACGUCAUUAGUUUUGUGGCUUGCACACAUCGACGCGGCGUAAACCGCAUUGCGUAAACCGCAUCGACACGCCUUCUUCACCUUUGUGGCUUGCACACAUCGACGCGGCGUAAACCGCAUUGCGGCAGAACAGAAUCGUCGUCGUCGUUGUUACUUGUCAUCGACGUAGUACUUCAACCAAAGUGGCGAUAUUGCUACGGAAAACAGCGAUCUGUUACAGUUAUUGUUACGGGUCGCCGCUUUUCGCUCGACUCUGGAGGUUCGAUCAGCCCACCUGAUAGCCGUUUGCCCUCUUCCUCGCCCCUGGUUCAACGACGUGAGGAACCGUCAACUCUAGCACGAGAAGCGGGAAGUAGAGCCUUAAGAGCCGUUAUAGACCAGCCACGAGUAGGUGUUAGUCGUUUGCCAUUCGAACGCCAUUAGAAUGCCAUUAGAACGAGAAUAUAGUCGUUAGACGGAGAGUCGAAGUAUUUCCUUCAUGCUUUUUGCCUUGCGAGGCUCAUCAUGUCGGUACGGGAAGCGCGAUGGAUGGCUAGAAUGCCUACCGAGCCCACGUCCAGAUCGCGCGCGAAAUCCUCGCCCUGGUUACCGGUUUCGCCUGCCGUCGUGACGGUAUGGAGGCCUCGCGGGAAGGCUGCUACAAUACCGAGAGCGUGCGGGAGGUCCACGUCAUCACUGCAAUUGUCGCUCAUCGUGACGGUACUGCUAGCGCUGGCGGGCGGUCGAUGCCACGUGGCAGCUGUGCCUGUCGUCGCCAACGAAUGGAACGCUCUUAUUACAAUCCGAGACACCAUGGGCUUCGUGACUCCCAGCCGCAGCCCCAAGGUGUACUGGACGGCCAACGACGACUGCUCGUUCCUGUUCGGAGUCAACUGCAACGCCAACGGCAACGUGGUUGUGCUGUACCUAUUCAACGCUCUGGGAGCUGUUCCAGCAGCAAUCGGCAACCUCACUUUCCUCUCCGCUAUUACCACCACUGGGAACCUUACUUCCCUGCCUACGGAAUUCUCAAGACUAACGAAAAUGACAUUUCUGUCCAUGAGCAGGAGUGGCAUCUCCGGGCCCUUCCCAACAAUGAUCACCGCUCUUCCGAAGCUCAAAGAUGUCAAGAUGAUCAACAACUCCAUGUCAGGAGCAAUCCCACCUGCAUUCUCUGCUCUAACUAACCUAACUGUCCUCCGACUGGACACCAACAAAUUCACGGGCUCAAUUCCUGUUGGCCUUUCCAAACUCGUGGCUCUAACACAACUUAACCUGCAGGACAAUCAGCUCACUGGAUCCAUCCCUGCUGCGCUCUCCGCACUCAAGGCACUGCAGACACUUGACCUUCGGAAAAACAAGCUGACCGGCACCAUCCCCGCUCAACUCAGCACCCUCACCAACCUAGAUGGACUCUACUUGAACGGAAACGCACUCACAGGGGCCAUCCCAAGCCAGCUCAAGACUCUCACCAACCUUCGCUUCCUCUUCCUCGACAACAAUGCCCUCACAGGCUCGAUACCUGCGUCUGUCUCCUCCUUCGCCUCCCUAGUAUACUUGAGUGCGUCCAACAACAAGCUCUCGGGCUCCUUGCCUGCCGGCCUUUCCUCUCUUGCCGCGCUACAGUACCUAGGCCUGGCGAACAACACCCUAACUGGAUCUAUACCCUCCGUUCUCUCGUCCCUCGGCUCUCUAGCCAUAAUGUUCCUCAAUCGCAACUCACUCACUGGCUCGCUCCCUCUCCAACUCUCGGAGCUCACCUCUCUCUUCUCCCUCGACAUCUCUCGCAACAAGCUCAACGGCUCUCUGCCUCCCAUCUUCACCAGCAGCAUGCCGUUUCUAGGCUUCCUAGACCUCUCCUACAAUUCCUUCCUGGGCCGGCUGCCUCCCUCCCUGGCCACCUGCCAGACGCUAUACGAGCUUGACGUCAGCCACAACUACCUCAGCGGCAUCGUGAUGCCCAUCAUCAGCUCGCUGACGUCACUACAGUCACUGGACCUCUCCUCCAACUAUUUCACUGGGCCAGUCCCCCCCAUGAGCUCAGCCCUACUCGCCCAACUCUACAACGUCCAGAACAACUAUUUCUUCGGCUCGGGCAACAUUGUCGACCUCGCUGGAAAUUCCAUCUGCCCGAACGCCUCCUCUGCUGUCCAAACCUCCAAUAACUGCCUCUUAUACGCAUCAGACACGUGCACUAGCAGCACGAGCACAGGUGGUAACCCUGUUACGGUUAAUGAGCCACAGAGGACGGCAGCGGAGUGCACCAGCUUUUGCACGACGAGUUUCAAUCUGGUUACCACUGCGGGGAGUAACAGCCAGUGCACGUACGGAAUUGGGGUGUGUUUGGUGACGGCAGUGGCAGCGACAACUGGUGCGGUUACCAUCAAGUGUAACUGCACGUGGGCGGGGUCGACUCUUGCUGCUAAUGGAACUGCCUGCCUGCCUCCUCGUGAGUCUCUCUCUAUCCCCCCCACCCCUCCACACCCCCACUCUUCCUCCCCCUCCCCUCCUCCCUCCCCCCCUCCCUCACCCCCACCUCACCCCCUCCUUCCCCCCUCCAUCCCCUCCAUUCCCUCCCCCUUCCCCUCCACCUUAUCCUCCCCCGUCUCCCCCACCAUCCCCUCCCCCUUCCCCUCCACCUCAUCCUCCCACGUCUCCUCCACCAUCCCCUCCCCCUUCCCCUCCACCUCAUCCUCCCCCGUCUCCUCCACCAUCCCCUCCCCCUUCCCCUCCACCUCAUCCUCCCCGUCUCCUCCACCAUCCCUCCCCCUUCCCCUCCACCUCAUCCUCCCCCGUCUCCUCCACCAUCCCCUCCCCCUUUCCCUCCACCUCAUCCUCCCCCGUCUCCUCCACCAUCCCCUCCCCCUUCCCUCCACCUCAUCCUCCCCCGUCUCCUCCACCAUACCCUCCCCCUUCCCCUCCACCUCGCCCUCCCCCGUCUCCCCCACCAUCCCCUCCCCCCUCUCCUCCGCCUAGGCCCCCCCUUCACCUCCCUCCCCUCCACCACCUCCCAUGUUACCAUUAUUGGAGUGUUACAAGACAAGUCUCAACAAUAAGUGCUCUUGUUUUUGCCCCUUUUUCAACAACUGCUAUUGCUUACAAUAAUGAAUUAUGCGUAAAUGAUACUCGUGUAAAUGAUAACAUGCAACUGUCCUUCAGCAGCAUACAGUAGUUGGAAAUUGGCGA